GGGGAAAGACGGAGGUGCGGGGAGGGGGUUGCAGAAGGAGCGGAGCGGCUGCUGCUCAAUGGCGGAAAAGCCGAUGGUGCUCUGACCGCCUGGUCCCCCCUGGCAGUUGCGGGGGAGUUUCCUGUCGGCGCGGCUGGAGUCUCUGUUUCUCCGUGUCCGGUGGCUGGAAGAUGCUCCAGAGAGAUCAGGCUGCGGCGGAGGAGGUGGCGGCGGCCGAGUCGGCAGCGGCUCUGGGUUGGAGAGAAGGCGGCGGCGGCGGUGUGAGGGGCCGGACGGUGUAAACAGCUCGGGCGGCGGCAGUGGCCGAGCCCCUAAGGGCGAAGCGGCGGCGGAGGCGGUGUCGCGUCUCAGGAGAAAGCCGGGGGCCGCGGGCGGCUGUGCGGCGGGCAAGCCCGCGAGACCUCGCUUUCCACCUUCGCCCCAGAUUCAUUAGUAAACAUGGGUGCAUUUUUGGAUAAACCCAAAACUGAAAAGCACAAUGCUCACGGUGCUGGGAAUGGUCUGCGUUACGGCCUGAGCAGUAUGCAAGGGUGGAGAGUGGAAAUGGAAGACGCACACACAGCUGUUGUGGGCAUUCCUCACGGCUUGGAAAACUGGUCAUUUUUUGCAGUUUAUGAUGGUCAUGCUGGAUCCCGAGUGGCAAAUUACUGUUCAACACAUCUGUUAGAACACAUUACUACCAAUGAAGACUUUAGGGCAGCUGACAAAUCAGGCUCUGCUCUUGAGCCUUCAGUGGAAAAUGUUAAGACUGGUAUCAGGACUGGCUUUUUGAAAAUUGAUGAGUAUAUGCGUAACUUUUCAGACCUGAGAAAUGGGAUGGACAGGAGCGGUUCGACUGCAGUGGGUGUGCUGAUUUCACCUACACACAUCUACUUUAUCAACUGUGGUGACUCACGAGCUGUUCUGUGUAGGAAUGGACAAGUCUGCUUUUCUACCCAGGAUCACAAACCUUGUAAUCCAAUGGAAAAGGAGCGCAUCCAAAACGCAGGAGGCAGUGUAAUGAUACAGCGUGUCAAUGGUUCACUAGCAGUGUCUCGUGCUCUGGGGGACUAUGAUUACAAGUGUGUUGAUGGCAAGGGCCCUACAGAACAGCUUGUUUCUCCAGAGCCUGAGGUUUAUGAGAUCUUAAGAGCAGAAGAGGAUGAAUUUGUCGUUUUGGCUUGUGAUGGGAUCUGGGAUGUGAUGAGCAAUGAGGAGCUCUGUGAGUUUGUUAAGUCUAGGCUUGAGGUGUCGGAAGACCUGGAGAAUGUGUGCAAUUGGGUAGUGGACACUUGUUUACAUAAGGGAAGUCGAGAUAACAUGAGUGUUGUAUUAGUUUGCUUUUCAAAUGCCCCCAAGGUCUCAGAUGAGGCCGUGAAAAGAGAUGCAGAGUUGGAGAAGCACUUGGAAUCACGGGUUGAGGAAAUCAUGCAGAAGUCUGGGGAGGAAGGAAUGCCUGAUCUUGCCCAUGUGAUGCGCAUUUUGUCUGCAGAAAAUAUCCCAAAUUUACCUCCCGGGGGAGGUCUCGCUGGCAAGCGCCAUGUUAUUGAAGCUGUUUAUAGUAGACUUAAUCCACACAAAGACAAUGAUGGGGGUGCUGGCGAUCUAGAAGACUCAUUGGUAGCCUUAUAACCUUCUAAAAUGCUUUGAUUCUGAAAAUUGGGGGAAAGCUUUUAGUCACAUUUUCUUCAGUACAAGGGAAAAUAUUCUUGUGAAUUCCCACUGUUGUGAUAUGAGCAGAAGCCAUUAGCAUUUCCACCAUUUGUUCAUACUUGUAUUUCCCAGUAAUUGCCACUUUUAGCAUUGCCUGGACUCUGAAGUAAUUUUUGCCAACCUCAGGCAUCUGGUUACAGCUAUAUUGAAUUUUUGGCCCUAGAAAAACAAAAUGGCCCUAGAAAUCAACAAAUGUGCCUGAGGUGCAUGGGAAUAUAGUUAGCUAUACUCUGAAGGUACAUUAUGGGUUUUUUUGUUUUUUUUUUUUUUUUUUUUUUAAAGCAACACAAACACAACAUAUAAGCGUGUAAGAGUAAAGAAAUGCAAGAGAAGUUCCAGUGUCUCAGUUUACUAAGUUGGAAGCCUUUUGUUAGUUCUGUGGCUUGGAAUUUCAUUUGAGCAAUUUACUAUAGCAUAUGUAUUUAUUGUUAUUUAACUUUUUCCCAAUUUACUUGUAUUACCAAAUUGGGUUCUCCAAUAAUGUUAACAUUGUAACAUUGCCUUGCUUGAAGAUUCGGCGUCUGGCAUUAAUAUAAACCGUUAAAAUUUUCCGCAUGUGUCUGCUGUGUCCUUCAGCUCUCCCUAGAAGAUCUCGUUGAAACCAAAUGAAUUAAUUUAUGGCUAUUUAUAAUUUGCUUUGUCACCUUACUGGCUUCAAAUUAUUUUAAUUGAUAAGAUUUGCCUUUAUAAUAUAAAUUGUGAUCGUUUUGUUUCACAUGUGGGUUUCUAUAGUUUUAAUUUCUUCAGCUUUUAAGAUACAAAUUUUAUGUAAUUUGGUAUAAUUUUUAACUGUUUAUGUUAUUUUAAAAGCUCAAAAUACUACAUCAAAAUACUAUACAUUUUAAAGUAUCUAUUUUAGAUCUAGGGAAAUACAGAGAUAUUUUCAUGGGUUCAGUAACCUUUCAUUUUAUAACCUUGGGCACGGUACAGAGUGGCUGUCACAUAGGUACUUAAAUUAUUUAGUUCUAUUUUUACAAUAACUUUGAAUUUUUUAAGUUUUGCAUGUAUUGAAUUUUGUCCUGAACAUGAAGAGUAAAAUAUUUAUCAAAAAGAAGUUACUGGAGUUUGGAGAAGUAAUGAAUGUAUCCAUUUGUACAUGGUUUACAUGUGUGGAUGCUUUGUAAACAUUUUCCCAUAUGUUUUAAUUGUUUCAGCAGGUUGUAACUGCCCUUGUGUGUAGUUAAACAUAAGUCAUUCUCUGGUCCUAUGUGAAAUGGAAUUCAUGAUAUUUUCUGUAUCAUUUUCCUGAGGCUGUUUCUGGGGAGCCACACAUUUGAAUGCAGAUAGCUUUCCUGAUCACGUGAUUUCUUGUGCACCUGAUUUUGCUCCAAAAGGAAUUACUGCCACAAUAUAUUUUAUUUAUUCUUUAGAUUUUAGUCUUGUAAGUUAAAGUGUUUCACAUGAUGGUGUUAAAAGCUACUUGUCCCUUUACUGGGGUUUGGGGGUGUUAAAAGCUGAAUGAAGAAUGCAAAUGGGUCAUUGUUAACCAUUCCUCUGACCCAACCUGUACUGAUAGUUCCUUUCCAGGAUGGUAUCUGAUGUUUCAUACAAUGUGGUGAACAUAACCAACUUGUUACCUGAAUAAAGAAUCGAUUUUAAAACAGUGUGACAUAU